CGUUCAGUAUAUCUAAAGCCGCGGUAGGCUACCGAUCUUUGAAAUCGAUUUCGACAUCACCACAAAUCGAACUGACGAAAAAUCCUUGACGUAUUUUAAAAUAGUUUCAAUAUAUACUGACUGGUCUAAUUUUUAAAUUUAGCACAACUCUAAACGUUGACAAGUGUCUGCAAGGAGUAAUAAUUGUUCUACGCGUAUGAAUAAAAGAUACACACGCGAGAUAAUCAGAAAUAGUGACUCUAAAAAUACCUAGCCUGUUGCGCCGAUGACGCAAUAAUAGCCUCGAGUGUUAGUGAACUGAAAUGACUUUUUCUUUUGUGCUCAGCGCGAAACUAAAAUGAAAACAUCAACCAUGACGAAAAAUAAAAUAAUGUGAAAAUGUAUUCAACCCCUGAUCCUCCGCAACAAUGGUCCGUACACGCAGAAUUUACCAUCAACCACCCGGGCGCAGGAAACCCCCAAAACCCUCCGAAAACAGGAGCAAUUCAAGACGAAAGUGGAGUUAGGAUGUUGUAUUCAUGGACCUCGAACGAUCCUCCUAGUGGAAAACCAUCUUCAAAUGUAGCCAGGUCUGAAAGUGGAAGCUCCAAUCCUGAGAAGUUGUAUGGUUUUCAAAAAGGAAACUUGUUCUUUACUUCUACACCUCCGCCAAAACCAGGUGGUCUUUUGAACGUGCCGGUACAUGAUUCCGCUUAUGGUAGUGAGCUGUUCUCUCCAGGCUCAUGCGUUGGUUCGAAUUGUCAUCCCUUUAACAGGAAGUGUAGAAGCACAUGCAACAUUAUUCUUUCGAGCAAUGCAAAACGGAAAGAAAGCAUACCAAGUGGUACGGCUUCACAUAGAACGCAGAGCCUGAGGUGUCAAACUCCAUCUGCUUGUUGCGAACAAAAAGGUGAUAAUUUUUACGGAUGUGGAGAUCCUUGGUGCCACCACCUGCAGUACAGCGAUGAUUUUUCUUCUGUUCGUAGAGUUUCCCCGGUAAGAGAAAUCUGUGAGGAUAUAACUAACGAAGGCCAAGGAAAUUGUAACGAACUUGGUUGUGCAAUAUGUGCCCAAGAGACGGACCCAAAAAGAUCUAUUAAAAGGGACGUUUCUGUCCAAACGUAUGAAAUGGUUAGCAAAUGUACUUCUCCAAUGUUAAAAUUUCCCGGUAGAGAAAAUAGUGCCGAAAGUAUUCCUAGUAAAACGGGCAAACUAAAAAGAGGAAGAACAGUCGGUUAUAAUCGCAGUAGACAAUCGUCAAGAGAUUCGUUUUCAUCUAUUCCUUUAAAGAAAAACAGCGUAGAGCAAAACACCAUGUCAAGUCAAGCAAGUUAUAAAGGUCUUCAAGAGAAAAAAGGAUCCGAAAGCGAUACUAAAUCUGGAGAUUCCAAGAAACCUCGAACUAUACACAUAGAUGUUUACUGUACUGGUACUGAAAUAGAAUCUGACAGUAGUUCUUCAUCGACCUCAUCAAGAAGUAAGACUGUUUCUACUCCACAGACUGUAUUUGAAUCUAAAACAAUGUAUGUUAAACAUCAAAAUGCUGGCGAUAAAAGUGUACCAUAUAAUCUGAAAAAAUCUAGCAGUAACAUUAGCAAAAACUCACCAUAUCGGCUGAGUAAAACUAACAGCACAUCACUGGACAAAGAAAAUUCAGAUGAGGAAGACAGUAUAAGUACGGCUUAUCCUUCAAAAGUUAGCUCAUACUCUACAAUCGGCCGUUCUUUGUCUAGUAUGUCCAGCUUUCCCAAUUCUGCUACCCCAUUUUCUAUGUCUUCCUGUACAGUACCUGACUACGAAUCAUCCAUUGGAAACACCUCCUGGAAAGACACAUAUUCUGAUAUCGACAGUCUACUACACAGUCGAAGCACUAUUCCUCAAAACGAUAGUUUAUAUUUCGUACCACGAAAGAUAGAUGAAGAAACCAGCAGCAAAGACAGUACUUCAAAAUUGACAAAUACCACCAAUAGUGUACAUCCGAGUGAUAGUUUCGAAUAUGCAGAUUCUGAAGAUAGGUUAAGAAUUAAAAGAAUGGAACGUAUGUGGAGAAACAGAGUGCAGCAUGGAAUAAACACUCAAUCAAAAAGUAAAUUAUUACAGCAACAAGAAAAUCUACAAGAUAUUGUGAAUAAAAGACUGAGUCGCAUGAACGUGUCACGAUCGAAAGAUUCUGAUUCCGAUGCUAGCGACAAAUCCGAGAAAGGUUGGACAAUUUUAAAAAAUGAAGAGAACACACAUACCCAGUCUCAGAAACAACCUCCCUCGGAUAAAGUACCUACACCACCCUUGUAUAAAUCCCCCAGUGCAGUUAUAAUCAAAGAAAGACUGAGUUUAGAUCCUUCCUUGGGUGCUCCGUUUACUAUAUUCCCCGGUCAGUACACAGAACCAAGGUAUAUUGCCCGAAGAUUCGGUCCAGUCAUAACAGUUUUCAAAAAACCUGGACAUCACAUAGGUCCUGCGAAAAAUCCUAGUUGUACGUGUGACCAUUGUCGUAGAUAUUUCGAAAAUUUCGGAUUUAGAAAUAGAACCUGUUCCGUGGGUGAUACGCCGACAACCCCUUUUUUUAAUUGGAAAGGGUUGAAAAAGAAUGAUUAAAUUGUUUUGAGAGCUUGAA